AUGAAAGAAUUGAGUGAAACAAGAAAGGUAGCGGAGAAAGCUCUGGAGAAGGCGCAGAACACUGCUUGCCGUGAGAGCUCAAAAGAGGGCAAGAGGAAGCAGAGACAUAAGAUCUCUGAGGAAGACUUCUCUAGCAGCACACAUUUGAGUGUCCGUGACAAGGCCACGGCAGAAGAUCAAGACAAAGAUCUCGACUUGCAUAAAAUGGCGAAAAGGCCGAAGGACACUGAUUUGCGCAAUCAUAUCGAGAAGAUCGUCAAAGGGUAUAAGCCACAAACACCCGUGAAACUAGCUUUGGAGGCGGCGAAAGGAAUUUGCAAGUCGCCAUUGACGGAAGACAUCCUGAAAGCCAAGAAGCCAGUUAAGUUCACCCAACCUAAGUUUAAGCUGUUCGAGGGCACGACUUAUCCUGUUGAACAUAUCUAUCAUUUCCAACAACAAAUGGUGCUCGAAGGAGAUGACAAGGCCCUGUUAUUACAUUUGCAAUCAAAAGAGGAGAAAGGAUGUCAUGAUCCUAUUCAGCACGAAGCAAAGUACCGGAGCAAGCCUUAA